AUGGCUUCUAAAAAGCAACUGAUAGAUGAAAUAUGUAUUAAUAAUAGAGAUAAUUUAAGUUGAGAUAUGUGAUUCUAUUCUUGAGAAAUCAUAUAAGAAUUAAUAGAGUUUAGAUUAAUUGAUUUAGAAAUAUCCGUUGAACGAAGGAAUGCAAUAAUUUUAAUUAGUUCCAGUGAGUUAAUAUGAAGAUUAGAGUAGAAAUGGAUUAAAAUAAUUAUCAUGUGAAUAAUUGUCUUAUCUUUUGGAGGAUGCUUAACAUACAUUAGAUUAAGUAAUGUAUGAAGAAUUGCAAAUAAAUAAAUUGGGAUUGAGAAUUCCUAAAAAAUCAUUAGUAAUAUAAAAAUAUGAGUAAUGGGAUUUUUUAUUAUAAUGGCCAAAGUCAAAUAAUUUAGAGAGCAUAAUAAUAAAUAUAUAAAGCAUAACAAGUAAUGAGUAUAUUAAUGGAUUAAAUUGUUAGAUAAUAUAUAAGCAUAGCUGUAAGGAUCAUCUAAAGAGAAGAGUGAUUAGGAUGAUAUUUAGAAGAAAUACUAGGAAGCUUUAGAGAGAAUUGAGUAUUUAGAGAUGUAAUUAGAGAAUGAGGGUAAUAAAAAGAUUGGAUAGAAAAAUAUAAUGAAAGGGAAUAUUUUAAAUGAUAGAAACAAAGUAAAUAACUGUUAGUAAUAAAAGAGAGAUAAGAUUGAAUUAAUGGAUGAAUUAGAAAAGAAGUUAUUAGAUUUAGAAGCAGAGAAAGAAAAGAUGUCAUCAUAUAGUAUGGAUGCAUUUUCAAAAUUACUUUAAACUAAAUAAUGA